ACACGUUUGGACAAAUCCUAAAUUGAUGCAUAAUUUAUUAAUAUCUUAAUAUCUGGAUAAUAUUAAUACUAUAUAGUAUGGUGCCUAUAGUAAACAUUGCAUGCUAAUUGAUUAGGAAAGAAAUAUUGUAAAGAAAAAAAGGUGAAAUUCGCAAAUUUACAUUGACAAAAUUCUUAAUAGGAAGUAAUAAAUAAAUUGUUUAAAAAAUAUAUUUUCCUAACAUAGUAUUAUCACUAUAGAAACAUCAACAUCAACAUCAACCUUUGAUUUAAGGUGCUUUCAUAUACAUGAUACUGAUACAGCAAACAGCUUCCUCUAAAGGCAGCUCUUGCACAAAAUAUCAGAUUCCAAAUGAUUAAAAAUCAAUUUCAGGCUCCUUCUAAUCUUCAUAAAAAAAUCAUACACAUCCCACAAGUGUUCCCAUGUGAAGUGUGUGUCAGAGAGCACCAUCUCCCCAUGCUCUGAUGGUCAAAAUGGCUGCCACUAUAUGCCACGCCCACCAUGCCUACAUUUCUGGCAAAGUGGUUUACUGUCAAGCCUCAUAACAUUAUAAUUUCUUAUUUAUUUAUAUAGUUAUGCACUGUAGGAUGUGUGUAUGGUGCUGUGUGUUGUUUGGAAUGACAUUUGCUCGCUCAGUGAUGUUGUAAAGUGCAAAGAGAGCUCUAGAGCCAACCUCCUGGCAUCAUUAUCAAAAGGGUGAUAAAAUGUCAAAAAUAUAUUUUGGUUUUUGUGUCAAAGUGUGAAUUAGUGCAAUAUUCUAUUAAAGGAAGUGCUCUUACAUGCGCUCUGAUAGCGAAUAUCGCAAAGAUAUAAGUAUUUUUGCGAAGUCUUUGAAUAUUCAAAUUGAAAGUAUCGCGCAAUCAAAUCAUUGUCAAAUCAUUGAGUUCUUAGGACUUUAAAUACCUGGCUUGACUGUAGAAAUAGUCAAACUAAUGCUUCCCUGCCUAUAUUACUGCAUGAUUGUACAUAGUGAGAGUGUUGUGAAGGUGAUUGAUUGAGACUUUGUGACAAUUUUAUCAAUAUUUCGUUCUUGCCCAUAUAAUAGAGCCAAGAACAGGCGCUUGGGGUGUUUCACUGGGUCCUGCUCUUCUUCACGCCAAUAAUGUCUGACAAACCUAAGGUGUACCAGGGUGUGCGGGUGAAGACCACCGUCAAGGAGUUGCUUCAGAAGCGCAGGGCGCUUCAAGCAGCAGAGUCGAGAAAAACACAAGCUGUGACGACUCAAGACGUGUGUUCUACACCAGUAACUGCUGCCCACCUCGAUAUCAUCAGCGGGAGCUCGUCGCAGGAUGCUUAUUUCCAACCCCGGGAGUUUGCAGCGAGCGUGCAUAUGCCCAUGGAGGACAUGUUUGAUGAUCAGAUGCUGAUGAACAUGAUCCCUGCAGAGAACUUCAGCUCGAGUGCUGCGCUGUGUGCGACCGCUCCUGCGCAGUGGUCGCACGGAUACUUCCCUUCAUGCACGGAUUAUUACACUAACAGCUUAGCUUCCAGUUCACCAACACACUCAUUCAGCCUUCCCAGUCCGUGCGAUUAUAACAGCUACACCCCACCCGAGUCUCACUCCUCGUCCUCCUCCUGCUACAGCUCUCCGACUCGCAUGGACAUGAGCUCCAGCUUUACCUUAGAAAAUUAUCACUAUCAGCAUUGCACGGUGCAGCACUGCUUUUGCCUGUCGCACUGGCCCGGUCUGCAGGAUGGCACCAUGGCACCAGACUACACACCCCCUCACUACAGCCCCUCAGACUGUUUUUACCAAGCUCUCGAAGAGGAAGCUUACUGUAGAAGAGAUUCCUCCGGCUCAGAGCUGUGUUACUUAUAAGAGCACUUUGAAGCAUUGUUUGUACAGCGCCAGAAAGCAUUUCAAUAUUUUAUUUUUCGUUUUGAUAACUCAUUAAAAAAAAAAAAAAAAAAAUACAUAAAAUUGGUCAUGUAUUGCUUGCUAUUGUCAUAACCUACAGGCUCUAGCAAAGACUACGUUUUCACUUUCAUUGAAUCUUUGUUAAAAUGCUGGUCAGUAUCGAUGACGAACAAACUGUUCAUUUAUUAUUAAUAUUAUUAAUAUUAUUAUAAUAUUUUGUUUUCUCGUUUGUUUGUUUGUUGUUUUUUUUACAAUAAAAUGUUAUUUUUUGUAA